AUGGUUUCGAUAAUAACCAAGCUCGUUUUUGACCUUGGUGGCAAGACUCUUGUUUCGCUGGCACCAGACAAUAACACCUUGUGUGUAGCCAAUAAAAAUGGGUUAACCAAGAUUCUGAAGACGAAUAACCCAGAAGAGGAGCCAGAAACGCUAGACUCUUCAAAAUCAGUUUCUUCUAUCAGAUGCUAUUCCAACUCUUUCUUUUUGAUGACUACGAUGCAAGGUGAUGCGCUAAAAUAUAGUAUUGAUUCUACCCAGGAAGAGCUUCUGGCUAGGUUUGCGCUGCCCUUACGCGACUGUUGUGUGAUCCAUUCAGGUAAGAUGGGUGUGUUCGGAGGAGACGAUUUAGAAUUGAUUCUUUUGGAAUUGGAUGAUAAAUCGCAUAAAAAGCAUACUAUUAAAAUCGAUGAACAAAUUUCUCAGAUUUCAUACAAUUCCCAAAUGAAUAUUUUAGCUGUUUCGAUGAUAAAUGGUAGAGUUCAACUUUUUUCCCUAACAUCUACCAUCCCGAAUAAAGUCCAUGAGUUAAGUGAUUACAUUGUAGCUAAUUCAUACGAUGAUACCCACAGAGAUAAGAUACUUUCAAAUAUGAUGGAUGAUAUUGAUAAGGGCAGCGAUGAUGAUUUGGAUGAGGCAAUUGACUCAAAUGAGAACAAUAUCACCGAUCCAGAAUUUUGCGCUUUUAAUAGAAUUUGUACAAGGGUAGCAUGGCACCCAAAGGGUUUACAUUUUGCAUUACCAUGUUCAGAUGAUACGGUAAAAAUAUUCACCAUAAAAGGAUAUUCCUUGCAAAAGACACUGACGACGAAUUAUUCUUCAGCGAAGGCUCAUUUUAUCGAUUUACAGUUCGAUCCGUUACGCGGAACUUAUAUCGCAGCGGUUGAUUUAAAUAACAAGCUUACCGUAUGGAAUUGGGAAACUUCGGAAAUCCACUACACAAAGGAAUUUAAGCAGAAAUUAACAAAUUUUGCCUGGAAAAUUCAACCAGAUUCAAAGACUUUAGAUGUCGUUUUAGGCACCUGGUGCGGUAGCAUAGUUACUGUCCAAGAUUUAGCAGAGUCCGUUAUGUCAAAUAUGCCUGACCAAUCCGUGACUGAAUCUUCAACAAAGCAAGGACUUUUCGUCAACUCUGAUUCUGACUUGGAAAACUUAGAAGAUGAUAGUACCGCAGAAAAAAGCGACAAGUUGUUUUCGGAUGUUGCUCAAGAAGCAAAUUCGGAAGACGUCUUCACCCAAAAGCACGAUGAUCCAAGCGGAUUAAAUGGAAAGAGAAAGUACAACUUUGAAGAUGAAGAAGAUUUUAUUGACGACGAUGAUGGCGCCGGUUAUACCAGUGGUAAAAAUCCACAUAAUGACUCUUCGCAUCUCAAAACACAUAAAAAUUACACGUUACCAAUCAGUUUGGCAAGCACAGCAAGGUUUCGUUAUAGGCCGUUUUCCCCGGCAGGAACACCAUUUGGAUUCACCGAUAGACGUUACUUGACAAUGAAUGAAGUUGGUUAUGUAUCUACUGUCAAAAAUAGUGAGCAAUAUAGUAUAACAGUUUCUUUUUUUGACGUUGGUCGUUUUCGGGAAUACCACUUCGAAGAUUUGUUUGGUUACGACUUAUGUUUCUUAAAUGAAAAGGGCACUCUUUUUGGUCAAUCCAAGACCGGGCAGAUACAGUACAGGCCGCACGAUACCAUACGUUCAAAUUGGUCUAAGAUCAUUCCUUUACAAUCUGGUGAGAGAAUAACAAGUGUGGCAGCUACUCCAGUUCGCGUUAUUGUUGGUACUUCCUUAGGCUAUUUUAGAAGCUUUAAUCAAUUUGGGGUUCCCUUUACCAUUGAAAAGACAUCCCCAAUUGUAGCACUGACCGCUCAGGAUUAUAGAGUUUUCUCAGUGCAUUAUUCACAGUUUCAUGGACUUUCAUACUCUUUAUUUGAGUUGAGUACCUCUACUAGAAAGUGCUAUCAAAGAGAACGUCCACUUCCAAUAAGUUUACCAAACGUUAAUCCCGAUUUAAAAAAAGAGACAAAUUUUGACUUCUACAGCUUCAAUCCGAUGGGUAUAAAAAGUUUGUUCUUUUCAAGCUAUGGCGAUCCAUGUAUUUUUGGUUUUGACAACACACUGCUUUUAUUAUCAAAAUGGAGAUCAUUCGAGGAAAGUAGAUGGUUGCCUGUUCUUGACAGCAGUAUGGAAAUAUGGAAAAUGUCAGGAGGAAAGGAAACGAGAGAUAUACACGUUUGGCCAUUAAGUUUGACGUAUGACACAUUGAACUGUAUUCUAGUUAAGGGUAAGCAUAUAUGGCCUGAAUUUCCUCUACCUCUACCAUCUGAAAUGGAGAUUAGAAUGCCGGUUCUUGUCAAGAGUAAAUUACUGGAGGAAAAGAAAGCUAUGUUAAACAAAAAGAAUAAGCUGGAAGUUGAUGCACAAGAAAAUGAGGAGGAAGAUGAUAAAGAAAUACACAUCCCUAUUCCAAUGGCUGCGGAAGAAGAAUACUUGCGUUCCAAAGUUUUGUCAGAAUUAUUGACAGAUACACUGGAAAAUGAUGGUGAAAUGUACGGAAACGAAAAUGAGGUAUUAGCGGCAUUAAAUGGUGCCUACGAUAAGGCCCUACUACGUUUAUUUGCAUCUGCAUGCUCAGACCAAAAUGUUGAAAAGGCCCUUUCACUAGCUCACGAAUUAAAGCAAGACAGAGCACUUAAUGCAGCCGCCAAAAUAUCAGAAAGAGCUGCACUGAGCUCCCUUGUUAAACGAAUCAAUGAUAUAAGGGAAGCCAGAUAUGAAAAGAAUCAAAAUAACAUGUAA